AUGAAACACAACAGCUUAUCGCCGUCAUCAUCAUCCUCCGAAGCCGUUUCAUCAUCGUCGUCGUUAUCAACCUCCGACCAACCACAUCCGUCCGUUCAGAGGACUUCAUCAACAUCGGCCUCAGCGUCAUCGACUACGGCGGUGGAGGAUCCGGCAGCCUCCCGAGACACGUCGUCCGGCGUCGCCGCGGAAUCCGUCACCAUCGAGAGGCGUGGCGAUUACGCCGCCUUCUGUAAAUGGACAAUCGCUAAUUUCCCCAAAGUCAAGGCGCGAGCUCUCUGGAGCAAGUACUUCGAGGUCGGUGGAUUCGAUUGUCGCCUCUUAAUCUACCCUAAGGGAGACUCCCAAGCUUUGCCUGGGUACAUCUCCAUCUACCUCCAAAUCAUGGACCCUCGCAAUACGACGUCGUCUAAGUGGGACUGCUUUGCCAGCUACCGCCUCGCCGUUGAAAAUGUUUCCGAUUCCUCCAAAUCCAUUCAUCGCGAUUCCUGGCACCGAUUCUCCUCGAAGAAGAAAUCCCACGGUUGGUGCGAUUUUACCCCCUCCAAUUCAAUCCUCGAGCCGAAAUUAGGGUUUCUAUUCAACAAUGAUUGCGUACUUGUUACUGCUGAUAUAUUAAUUUUGAAUGAAUCUGUAAAUUUUACCCGUGAUAAUAAUGAAUUGCAGUCGAAUAUACUGUCAAAUUUGAUUGUUACUGGUCCGGUUGGAGAUGUAUUGAGUGGGAAAUUUACUUGGAAAGUUCAUAAUUUCAGUUUGUUUAAGGAAAUGAUUAAGACCCAGAAGAUUAUGAGCCCAGUUUUUCCAGCCGGGGAGUGUAAUCUGCGGAUUAGUGUGUAUCAGAGCUCGGUGAAUGGGAGCGAUUACUUGUCCAUGUGUUUGGAGAGUAAGGAUACGGAGAAGACACUUGUUUCGGAUAGGAGUUGCUGGUGUUUGUUUCGGAUGUCAGUGUUGAACCAAAAGCCAGGGUUGAAUCACAUGCACAGGGAUUCGUAUGGGAGGUUUGCAGCUGAUAAUAAGAGCGGGGAUAAUACAAGCUUGGGGUGGAAUGAUUAUAUGAAGAUGUCCGAUUUUGUGGGAAUGGAGUCAGGGUUCUUGUUGGAUGAUACAGCAAUUUUUAGUACUUCCUUUCAUGUGAUUAAGGAAUUGAGUAGUUUUUCAAAAAAUGGGGGGUUCAUUGGAGGAGUGAGGAGUGGGAGUGGCACGAGGAAGUCUGAUGGGCAUAUGGGGAAAUUUACUUGGAGAAUUGAAAAUUUCUCGAGGUUGAAGGACCUUUUGAAGAAGAGGAAGAUUACGGGGCUUUGCAUCAAGAGUAGGAGGUUUCAGAUCGGGAAUCGGGAUUGUCGGCUUAUUGUUUACCCUAGAGGGCAGUCUCAGCCACCAUGUCACCUUUCAGUAUUUCUUGAAGUUACAGAUUCACGAAAUACUGCCAGUGAUUGGAGUUGUUUUGUGAGCCAUCGAUUGUCAGUUGUGAACCAGAAAAUGGAGGACAAGUCUGUUACGAAAGAAUCCCAGAACCGGUACUCUAAAGCUGCAAAGGACUGGGGCUGGCGUGAAUUUGUAACCCUUACUAGUCUUUUUGGCCAAGACUCUGGUUUUCUCAUACAGGAUACUGUUGUGUUCUCUGCAGAAGUUCUUAUCUUGAAAGAGACGUCCAUACAACAGGAAUUUAGUGAUCAGGAUACUGAGUCAGACAGUGCUAAUCCUCAAGUAGAUGGAGUUGGGAAAAAGAGUUCAUUUACUUGGAAGGUGGAGAAUUUCUUGGCCUUCAAGGAAAUAAUGGAAACACGGAAAAUCUUUAGCAAAUUCUUUCAAGCUGGUGGAUGUGAACUGCGGAUUGGUGUCUACGAGUCCUUUGACACCAUAUGCAUAUAUCUAGAAAGUGAUCAGUCAGUUGGCAGUGAUCCUGAUAAGAACUUUUGGGUCAGAUACAGGAUGGCUGUGGUGAAUCAAAAAAAUCCAGCCAAGACUGUCUGGAAAGAGUCUUCUAUUUGUACAAAGACAUGGAACAAUUCUGUUCUCCAAUUCAUGAAGGUCUCAGAUAUGCUGGAAGCAGAUGCUGGAUUUCUUUUACGUGACACGGUUGUGUUUGUUUGUGAAAUUUUGGAUUGCUGCCCUUGGUUUGAGUUUUCAGACCUAGAGGUUAGUAUAAAUUGA